GCAGUGCGUAUUAUCACGGGUUUUACGUUUCGCUCGCAGCUGAAAUGAACUCAUUCUGCCACUCUCGAUUUCUAAACAUCGAUUAGUCGCAGCUAUUAUUCCUUUGCAUUCGUUUUUCGUUAGCAUCCACGAAAAUCUGGCACUUCAUCCUGAGAAAUUUGGAAUGAAUGGAGAUGAGGAUCUCUGCAACAACCAAUUCCGGCAUGAUUAGAUUCAGCGGUGUUCUCCACACAGCAUUUGUAUCACCAUCGCCCAGGAGGAGAAAGUAUGCAAAAGGAAUUCUAAGAGAUCUUACCAUAUGUGCCUCACCAUUGAUUUCUUUGACUGAUCCUAUCAUUGUUCGGUCCCCCUCAUUUCAAGUACUUGCUUCCAACCUUUCGCUGGCUGAUGUCCCACAACGGUCAGAUGAGUGGUUUGCCCUUCGCAAGGACAAGCUAACUACAAGCACAUUCAGCACUGCAUUGGGCUUUUGGAAAGGGAGCCGUCGGCUUGAAUUGUGGCAUGAGAAAGUGUUUGCAUCAGAGGCACAAAUAGUGGAAGCUUCUAAAAAGAAUGCCAUGGCGUGGGGAGUACUCAAUGAAUCUGCAGCAAUAGAACAGUACAAAAAGAUCACAGGACAUGAGGUGAACACAAUGGGGUUUGCAGUUCAUUCAAAGCAGUCUUAUGAUUGGCUUGGUGCUUCUCCUGAUGGUGUUCUUGGGUGCUUCCCAGAAGUUGGGGUAUUGGAAGUCAAGUGUCCUUAUAAUAGGGGCAAGCCUGAGGCGGGCUUGCCAUGGUCGACCAUGCCUUUCUAUUACAUGCCUCAGGUGCAGGGUCAAAUGGAGAUAAUGAAUUGUGAGUGGGUUGAUUUGUAUUGCUGGACUCCAAAUGGAAGCACCAUAUUUCGUGUGCUCCGGGAACGUGGGUAUUGGAAUUUGAUACAUGAGAUUCUGCGAGAGUUUUGGUGGGAAAAUGUGGUUCCAGCUAGGGAAGCUCUGCUGUUGGGUUGUGAAGAACAGGUGAAGUCAUAUAAGCCUGCAUCUACCCACAAAAAGACAGGAUUAGCAAUUGCUAAAAGCAUUAAGUUGGCUAGUGAAACAAAGCUACUAUGUAGAGAACUUGCAGGUCAUGUUGAAUUUUAUAGCUGAUUGAAGUUCACAAGUAGUAGGUUAGGCAACUGAUUCAUUUUUUAUAACAUUUUCUUGUCCAAUUGUAUGUGUUAGUUGCUUUUUAAGAUGAGUUUGCUGCUUAAGCUGGAGAGAAAUUCUAAGUACUGCCUUUGAUGCCCUAUUUAUUUCUUCAAAGCAAACAGCAUUUGUGUAACACUGCAGUGCUCUUUAAAUGUGCUAGCAUGAAAUUUUCAUGAUGUUGUUGUUUUUCAGAUAUUUGUUUGUUUAUUUAUUGUUUUUAUCUUU